CGCAGUGCGGAGCAGAGACGAAGUGGAAAGGGUAGAGCGUGUAGCGCGCGCCGCUCGGACGGCCGCCGCUGCAGGGCCAACAGACGAAGCCGCGGCGGCCGCAAGGGCAGCGCGCCGCGCGCUCACCGCCCCGCCUGGUCGCCCCAUCGCUGCGCUCGCCCCCUCUGCCGCAACGCCCUCGCCGCUGGCCCGUGGCAUGGCUCGGAGUUAAACCGUCGCCCGCCGGGAGCAGCCAGGCGCCCGUCCGUUGCCGCUGUGCUGCUGCUGUAAGAAGGCUGGGAGUCCGGCGUCGCCCCUGGAACCGCGGAGCAGCGUUGUCGCAGCAGUGCAUACGCCAAGCGACCCGGAACGGGGAAGGUUGGAGUGACGAACACAAGGAUUGGUUCUUCCUCGUCCUCGUCAAAUUUUGUGCUCGUUCCCACCCACUGGUGUCGGGCCAUGGGACCUCUGGCAACAUUGCUGAAGGGACUUGAGUUUUGCUGAUUGAGCGUCAUCGCUGCUGGCUACCCACGCACAACGCUGCAGUGCCCUGGACGGCGAGGUGCACAGGACGGCGCGAUGCGUGCUGCCGCCCUGUGGGCGGCGGCGGCGGCUGCGCUCGUCAGCCUGCUGUCGUCUGCCCUGCUUUUCCAGACGACGCUGCUCCUACCGGCCGCUACGCAGGCGUCGGCGAAUUUCGUGCAGCAGAAUCUGACGUUCGGUGCCAUCUUUCCGGACACGUCGCUGCUCAGCCAGCAGCGCAAGUACCAGCAGAAGCUGCGCGACGGCGUGUCUUCCAUGACCCGAGGUGGACGGGGCGGCCUGCGCUUCAUGCAGCUGUUCUCGGUGCACGCCAAGGCGGUCCGCAUGCCACUGCAGCCGACGCCCAAAGACAUUCUGCGCCGGCUGUGCGAAGACCUGCUCCCAGAUGACGUUGUGGCCGUGCUGUACCUGACCAACUCCGCCGUGUUUGGAAGCAACGCGGCCUCGGUGCAGUACGUGCUCCAGCUUCUCGGCUACCUCGGCGUUCCCGUCAUAGCCUGGAACGCCGACAACAUCGCUCUCGACCAGAGGGCGUCCCAGGCGCGAGUCCUGCAGCUGGCGCCAUCUGUGGUUCACCAAGUGGCGGCCAUCUUCGCCAUCCUGGAGCGCUACUCGUGGUACCAGUUCGCCGUCAUCACCACUAAUCUCGGAGGACACGAGGACUUCGUUCGCGCAGUCCGGGACCGGCAGUUGGAGAGCAGUACCCUCAGGGCAAAAUACUCGGUGCUGGAGAUUCGCACCAUUCGCGGCCUGACCCGCCAGGAUUUCCGCCGCCAGCUGGAACCCAUCGCGGCGGGCGAGGCCCGCGUGAUCCUGCUCUUCGCCAGCAAGGACGACUCGCGCGAGCUGUUCGCCGCCGCCUCGCAGCUGGGGAUGACCGGCAAGAACUACGUCUGGAUCGUCACCCAGUCCGUCAUCGGGGCCCACCCGGGAAUCGCGCCGCCCGAGUACCCAGCAGGUCUGCUCGGCAUUCACUACAACACUUCGUUAGCCAAGCUGCACGACGAGAUAGAACGCGCCGUGCUCGUUCUGGGACACGGCCUCGAGCUGUUCGUGAACGAGCCGGCCAACGCCAACGUGACGCUCGCUCCGGGCCUACGCUGCUACGAAGCCGGAAGAGCCCACUGGGCGCAGGGGGACAACUUCUUCCGUUACCUCCGUAACGUGUCCAUCGAAACCAAGGGCAGUCCCAACAUCGAGUUCCUUCCCGAUGGCACGCUCAAAUACGUCGAGUUGGACAUCCUCAACCUUAACAAGGAAGGAUACUGGGACAGAAUCGGAGGCUGGACGCAAAAGGGCAUCGAUAUCAAGGACAUCGUCUGGCCCGGAGAAGAACUGGUUCCGCCAAAAGGAGUCCCGGAGAAAUUCAAUCUAAAGGUGACGUUCAUGGAGGAGCGGCCUUUCCUGAACAUCGGCCAGCCGGACAACGAGACGGGCGAAUGCGAGAGCGGCCGAGCCGUCAAGUGCCGUGUCGUGCCAGAGGCGAUGCUACAAGGGAUCAACGAAACUGCUGCCCGCAAGAACUCCACGUUCUACAAAUGCUGCCUCGGAUUCUGCAUAGACCUCUUGCAAAAGUUCGCCCAAGACUUGGGCUUUACUUACGACAUUCACCGGGUGGAAGAUGGCACCUGGGGUGUCAAGGACAACGGAACAUGGAACGGAUUGAUAGCCGAGCUUCUUGACGGCAAGGCUGACAUUGUGGUCACUUCGAUCAAGAUCAACUCUGACCGCCAAAUGGCGGUGGACUUCACGGUGCCCUUCCUUGAGACUGGAAUCGCCAUCGUGGUAGCCAAACGGACUGGGAUCAUCUCACCUAAGGCCUUUCUCGAACCCUUCGACACUGUGUCGUGGCUGCUCAUCCUGCUGGUGAGCAUCCAGGUGGCCGCAUUUUCCAUCUUUGUCUUCGAGUGGAUGAGCCCCUCCGGCUACGACAUGCGGAUCACUCCUCCCAGAGAGCAUCGGUUCUCGCUGUUCCGCACCUACUGGCUGGUGUGGGCCAUCCUGUUCGGGGCGGCGGUGAACGUGGACUGCCCGCGCGGCUACACGGCCCGCUUCAUGUCCAACGUGUGGGCCAUGUUCGCCGUCGUCUUCCUGGCCAUCUACACGGCCAACCUGGCCGCAUUCAUGAUUACCCGAGAGGAGUACUACAACCUCAUCGGCAUCGAGGACCACCGGCUGCAAAACCCCCAGCAGGUGGAGCCCCCGUUCCGUUUCGGGACCAUCCCGCACGGAAACACGGAGGCCGUGCUUAAGCAGAACAAGCCCAAGAUGUACUCGUACAUGCGGCAAUUCAACCGGUCCACGGUGCUCGAGGGCAUCCGCGCCGUCAAGCGCGGAGAGCUGGACGCCUUCGUGUACGACGCCACCGUGCUGGACUACCUGGUCGGUCAGGACGACGAGUGCCGCCUGCUCACCGUGGGCUCGUGGUACGCCAUGACGGGAUACGGAUUCGCGCUGCCGAAGAAGUCCAAGUACCUGCAGAUGUUCAACCGACAAAUGAUCGAAUACCGCGAACGCGGGGACCUGGAACGCCUCCAGCGGUUCUGGCUGCAGGGCGCCUGCAAGCCGGACAAGGCGAAGCGCAACGCGAGCAACCCUCUGGACGUGAACCAGUUCAUGAGUGCAUUUCUCCUACUGGGAUGCGGAGUGUUGCUCACCUUGCUGCUGCUGCUCCUGGAGCACCUGUACUUCCGGUACCUCCGCGCCCGGGUGGCCUCGGGGAGCCGGGGACCUUCGGGCCGAUGGCUGGCCCUCAUCUCCCUGAGCAUGGGCAAGUCGCUGAGCUUCCGCGACGCCGUGUACGAGGCUCGGAAGCGACACCGCUGCAGGGACCCCGUGUGCGACACUCAAUUGUGGAAGGUCCGCCACGAGCUCGACCUCGCUCGCAUGCGGGUCAGCCAGCUGGAGGCGCAGCUCGGAAUACACAGGCCACCAUCGACAGUGCACGAGCUCCUGCGGUCUCGGGAGGGGACCAACAACCGGGUGACGCCUUCGGAUUCCAGGGCCGGCCCUGUGGCGCUCAUCCAGCGAGAGAUCACCGAGAAGGAGACCGUGUUAUGAUGCCGCAGCAACGGACACGCACACGUGAUAAGAAAGCGCUGCUUGCCAACAACCAUCUAUAUUUGCACAGAGACAGACGAACUUGCGCGGGGAGCCAACAUGGCGCACAGACGUGCCGGUGCAUCCGCGCGGGCGGAGUGGUAGCAGACGACCUCUGGUGGCGAUCACCGCCAACACCAUUGCUGUCGCCUGCAGCGCCACCAGCGGUUCCGAAUCAGGCCGGCGUGCCGCGAAUGGCACGGCGAAUGGUAUAGUGAGCCUGCGGCAUGCGUCAACGGCUUUUGUCCGUUAUGCGGUUGGAACCUGUAAAGAAAAUGGCAAGAGACCACAGGAAAAGGUGUGCCGGAGAAAUUUUGCACUGCCUUCGUUUGACCGGCGAAUGUUAAACACGUGGUUUGGGUACCUUGUUAUUGUGACUACGCUGAUGUCGUUCGUUUUGUGGAGAACAAAUAAUGUAAAAGGUGCGUGUAGUCACGUUCAGUGGGAAUCAGGCUGAAUGUAUUAACGCCGCACUGACUGCUACGUUUGACUUUGUCGAACGCGAAACCUAUGAUGUUGACAGACCUGCGCAGGAAGAACAAAUAGAGACCCACCGGACGAUGAUCGCGGGGACACUGAGGUGUUCGGUUUAUGUAAAUUUGGUCUUAAGAUGAAGCUUUAGCUCAGGGCCAACUCGGAGUCUCCUAUUCAAAUACACGUAAAAUGCAGAAACGCUUUUACGAGACAACCACUGGACUGAAUUGAUCGAAUUUUCUUGCAUUUCCGAAAGUUAUAUUCUAGUGACUCUGUGAAACAUAAUUUUGAUUUAGGGCAUACAAUGUCGUACAAAACGUUCCGGAAAUUGGUGAUUUCAAAAGAAAUGUUGAGCACAAUGUUUAUAAAUUUGUAAUUGUGUAUCAAACACUUAUACCACAGUCCUGUAAAUUAAAGCGGACAAAUUUAAUAUGUAAAUUUUCACAUUACGUGAGACUGUUGCAAUAUUUAUGAAGGGUUUGCAAAAGUCCUACUCGCAUAAUAAUGGUAUAUCUCAGAGCAGCCUAUAUUAAAUCACUCGUCUCGUCUUAGACGUAUUGUUGUGCAGUUUAGAUAAUUGAUACAGUUCUUUUAUUGCUCAGAUCCGGAGUUGCAAAGUUCUCGCACUUGAGUUCUCAUUUCUUUAAUACUGGUAUUUUCAAUAAUUUCUCAAAGGAAAUGUGGGCCUAAAUAAAAGCCAUGCUUUUUACCGUCACUAGAUUUAAACUUUGUCUUUCGAAUGCAACAAGCAUCACAAAUAUAGAUGGAGGGGCUGGUGAGGAAAACAAUUUCAUCUUUGCGGUGUUUUUAGCAGAAGCUCCCGAGCUAAAGCUUUUUCUUACUGAAGCAACCAUGGCAACCCAGUAACGUUGUUCCAUGCCACGUUUCUUGCCACUCGUGCAAUGAGCAUGUGGAAUGCAUGGAGCGCUCACACAAGAUAUGAAGUGUUGCAGUUGUGAAAAAAUACUUAUGGAGGUAGCUGAGCGCACAAAUCGUAAGCAAGCCUGCAACCAGUUGGUCUGUGUGAAGGUUUAGGAACGUCGAUUCAGACCUCCUGAUGGGACUUUCGGCCGCUGAGUGCCAUUCUUACCCCGCCGGCUAUGUAUGUUUUUUUUCUGGAUCGUUCCACUGACGAUGCCUUCAAAGUACAUGGUGAGAUACGCGAAGGAUACGUGGUUGACAGCAGCGCCGAAAUGCUAGUAACGGUGACACAAGUGAGAAAAAGUUGGGAAUACAGCUUCCUGGCCUUAAAUUCGUGCGAAAAGUUGUUCCAUCAACGCGUCCAACAGUUCGGUAAUAUACAUAUAUAUAUGGUACGUCAUAAUUACGCUGCCUCACUCGGAAACGCAAGAGAAAAAACAUAGAACAAAAAAUAGCAGAUCGGUACCUCUCCUUAUGCAUGUAGUGAAGUCAUUAAUAAGCGUGGUACGUAAGCGAGCAAAAAUGUUGAAUUAAAAACUGACGUCCCUCUAUGGCAAGAACGGCAAUAGUUCCAAAAGCGUAGUGUAACAUUGCAGUGCAACCAUUACUGAUGAAUAUAAGUGUUUUCAACCGCUGGUAUCCGUAGGCACAGAGCACAAGUGGAUUACCCUCAGCCUUUAAUGGCUCUUAAGCGUAAUCUGUUUUUCUGAACACACGGGUCAAGACUGCAAAGAAAACAGCUAUUACGGAAAGAGAAAGCGCCUUCAAUUUUUCAUUUUAUACUUUCUCUGACGCCCGCUCGUAUUCAAAUGGAGGCAUUGGCUUAGAACGCAGUCUCGAGACGAUCGAAAAUAACAUUGCCGAACUCCGUACUUGAGGCCAUCAGGACCCGCCGCCGUAGCUUAGUGGCUAUGGCGUUACGCUGCUGAGGUCGAGGUUGCGAGUUCGAUCCCUGUGGGCAGUGGUGGCCGCAUUUUGAUGAGUGCGGAAUGCGAGAACGCUUGUGUAUCGGGCUCUGCGUGUGCAAGUUAGAGAGGCCCCAAAUGAUCCAAAGUUAUUGCGGAACCUCCGGUUUACGGCAUGCCUGACUGCAAGAAUAUGGUUUUUGUUGGCAAGGGAAGAAACACCCGAUCCUAACUGAAGAUAACUCCGCGGCAUAUCAGGCACUCGUAAGAGUUCGGCGAUUAUUGGGACUCCGGCGAAAUUCGCCGAGAUCGAACCUUUCGGCAGGGCAGUUCUUUAUCAUAUGGAUAAACAGAUUUUACGUUGUAACCGCGUGGUCCUCAAUCGAUGUUAACUACGUGAUUAGGCUUUUGGGAUACCAGGCUACAGCCUCGAAACAGAUAACGUUGCUUUACUUUCGUUUAUUCUACAGCCGCCACGUCCUUCAUCGCAGGGCAUUUCACAGAAUCAGAUAACACGUCAGUCAGCAAAAUGAAGGGUUUCUUCUUCUUUUUUUUUGCGCAAACGUCAGAAUCGCCAAGUUAUUUCUACGCUCAACAAUGUUUCGCAGAAGGGAGAGGAGUUCGGGCCAGAAAUUAUGCCGGGCGGCUUCCGUAGUGGGUUACAUAAUCGGCCCAGUUUCGGCUGAGAUGUAAUACAGGAUAAGAGUUUAUUAGCUGUGCCACUAUAUUUAAUACGGCAGUCGCUCUGGUAUAUUUAAUAUUUUGGUGCUCGAGACAAUAUAAACAGGAGAAAUACUCGCGUUAUAAUUGGAGGCCUUAUUGACCGCCUUACACUCCCUACCAUAAAGUAUAAUAUCUGCCAAGUAUGUUUUCCUCGCAUGUAAGCAAUGGUCUGGUAAAACAAAACUGACUUAAGCAUGUCUCUAACAAAAUUGAGUUUAAGGAAUAGCUCAUUGCUAAAGCUAAAGGCACAGAAUAGUCCCUGCUAAAGGAGAGCUUGCUUUGUAAUUACCAAACAAGCUCUCCUUUACCAGGGACUUUCUCUGUGCGAUAAUAGGGGAAAUUUAAUACUAACAAGCACGUUCAACACGGGCCAUAAUUCGGACACUUACAGCGCAGAAGUAAUGUGUCCCCACACGCGACUUCACUAACCGGCGAAUAUUUGUGUUUGAAAGUCUACAAAUUCGUGGAUAAUACUGCAUAAAUCCUCUUGAUGUGCGGUGAAGUUUGGUUACGUAUAGUUGUCGGACAGGAUACUCUCUGACAGCAUGGCUUUUUCCAGGGAUAUCACACUCGCUUCAGACUGUGUUACACUAGCCGAAAAUUACAAGCUACUGAAGUCUUCGAAGAAGACGAGGGAUGUUGAACGCCUUAGGUGAACUUUUCAUGCGUAGCUGUCACACCUGAUAAAGAACCAGCGAGAUUACAGCGGGUAGCGUAAGGUUAAGAAGAGAGUCAUCUAGUUUUCCGAAGGGAAGAACAAAACACUGGUUAAUACAGGGGAGAAGUGAUCGGCGUUGACUAUAACUGAAGUCACCAUGCAGUGUAUGUACGUUGGUAACUUUGAUGUUGAGCUGAUGGCAGCAAAAUGUUAGUUGUAUGACCGACUUCCGUAAGCGCAGCUGACUAGAGCACAGACAAUUACGAGGGUGGUGAGGACGCAGUUGUAGUUUAGAAGGCGGUUUGGGGGACGAUGCCACCAUGCACAGCUGGAGACGAUGAGAUGCCAUCCACCAGCUUGGUAGGGUAGCAAACUGUGCGAAGAAAUCACGAGUGUAGGCUGGUGUCGUGUGACUGCUCAAAGUGCGCGUGUAAACAGCGUAGAAUGAAUCGCAAGAGCUUAUUAUACGCCACUCAGUAGAUGAUUGUUGUUUUUACAAAAAAUGUUACGUAUUAUGCGUAGUGCAACUAUGGUCAAAUAUCAAAGUUCUCGGCAUAUGACAGACCGCACCUUUAUGCUUGCUUGCGGUGUGGUGGCUUGGAAAAUAUAGACAUUGUGGGCAGUUAUGCUGCAGUAAAAUGUCUUAGGCUGUUCUUUCUGAAUUAGCUCCUUAACCAAGGAAAGAAGAUUAUAUUUCUUUGAGAUGCGAUAGCUGAAGACCUCCUGUCGCUUACGAUAGUUUAUCGCAUUUCCGUUCGCACCAACCUUAAUUUAUUUACAGUUGUCAUGACGUAAUUAUAGAAUGUCAUGACAUAAUGCAUAUAAAAAUUCUUCUCAAACAGUCUCUCAUCGACCAAAUGUGUAUAGACUACUGUCUUGGCGCGGGGCCUAGAUAUCUCAAAUAUUCAUUCGCGUGCUCAAUUUUAUAAACGAUAUUCACGAUACAGUUGCGCACCCAAUGCAUUCUCCUACUGACCUUCUUUUAGGAAUUCUAAACUAUAGCGCUACCACAAAAAAUAUGAUUGUGUUAUUGUAACAUGGGGUUCAGUUGAAUGUUUCUCUACACCAUAAAUUCAUGUGUUUUUCCUGAUGAUAUAGGUAGAAAUGUUGCGCAGUAGGCACGGACUCUGUAUUGAUUCAGUAGGGCCGGCGUGAAGGCCAUGUUGAUUAUUAGGUUUAUUAUAGGAACGUCUCUGUUCAAUAACAGUGUUGUGAAACUUAGUUUAUAUGUUCAUUGUUCGUGAGCGACUACAAUACCUGUAUAAGCUGCCACGUUACAUGCGCAUAUAAGAGGUGGGCAUGUCUACUUAAAAUUACUAUACUAAUUGCCAGUCAUGUAAAUAGGAAAUCAAUAAAGUUCGGCUAGUUGCUC